CCUGGCCCCCGAAUGUUGUGAAUCAAACGCCCCGGCCGCCGCUCCCCGUCGGGUCUUAAAGGGCCAGAGGCCGGGGCGGGGCGGGGCGAGCGGAGCCGCCGCCGGACAAGGAGGCGCAGUCUCCUCCCUGAGCAGUGAAAGGGACAGUCUGGCCCCUUUGUGUAUCAUCGCUCCUGCAAACAGCGUCCCCCAGUGUCUGUGAGCCGGUGGCGGUGGGGCAGAGCGAAAGGAAGGGGAAUUACCCAGGAGCCAAGAGGUUACAGCUGGCACUUGCAAACAGAUGGAGCAGAGUAAAUAAACAGGGGAGGUUACUACAGAUGGUGGGAGUGGCGGAGGAGAAGGUCCUUGGAACAACAACCUUGAGACGGUUAAGUGACAGGGUGGUAAGCCCCUGCCCCCGCUCUCCGGCACAGCUGCACCAGGAAGAUGCCGGGGUGCGGGCAGCUGAAUGUUGUAUAAACACGUUAGCGAAGGCAAAGAGCAGCAGUAACGGGACUGGAAGGGCGACGGGCUGAGCAUGAGCCCCCAGGCUGUGAGGUGCUGGUGUCGCGUCCCGCUCGGAGCCUGAGGCCCAGCGCGCCCUUCUGCCUCCCCGACGUCACCAAUGCGACCAUGGGAACUGGCAGUCAAUAGGCGGCCUCCCUCUGCCCCCUUCAACCCGCGGCGUUUCUCGGAGGGACCCUGCAGCAGCCCUGAGCACCUCAGGCGAAGCCCCCCGUCCAGGCGUCUGUGGGGACGACGCGACCGACCUCUGCAAACCCUGCUGGCCCAGGAUGAGACCUACCUGCACCCUGCCUUCCCCCCGCAGCAGCAGCACCUCCCUGUAGAUGAGCCCCGAGCGUACGCUCUCGCCAGCACGCCACCACGAAUGCUUCACCCAGCCGCCCACCCGCCCCACCAGAGCCCAUUCAUGGUGGAUCUCCACGAGCAGGUGCACCAGGGCCCCGUCCCCCUCUCCUACACGGUGACCACGGUAACGACGCAGGGCUUUCCUAUCCACGCGGGCCAGCACAUCCCCGGGUGCAGCGCGCAGCAGCUCCCAGCAUGCUCCGUGAUGUUCAGCGGGCAGCACUACCCACUCUGCUGCCUCCCGCCCCCUCUCAUCCAGGCAUGUGCCAUGCAGCAGCUGCCCGUCUCCUACCAGACGUUCCCGCCCAUCCUCUCCAGCGACCAUUACAUCCUGCACCCGCCCCCACCAGUUCCGCCGCACCAGCCCCCACACAUGGCCCCCCUCGGCCAGUUCCUGCCACUGCAGGCCCAGCACCCGCGCAUGCCUCUGCAGAGGAUAGACAAUGAAGUGGAGUUGCGAGGGGAGCAGCAUCCCAUUGGGGGCUUUGCGUACCCGCCCUCUCCCCACGCCCCAGCGCUGUCCCCCUCUGUCCCGCUGCAUUACCUCCCCCACGACCCGCUGCACCAGGAGCUGCCAUUUGGCGUGCCAUACCCGCCCAUGAUGCCACGGCGACUGAAUACCCAGCGAUACCGACUGCAGCAGCCACUGCCGCCCCCGCCACCGCCGCCCCCCCCCUACUACCCGAGCUUCCUGCCGUACUUCCUCUCGAUGCUCCCCGUGUCGCCGACAGCCGUGGGGCCCACGCUCAGCCUCGAUCUGGAUGUGGACGAUGUGGAGAUGGAGAAUUACGAGGCGUUAUUGAACCUGGCUGAGCGGCUGGGGGAGGCCAAGCCGCGGGGCCUCACCAAAGCAGACAUCGAACACCUCCCAUCGUACCGCUUCAACCCCGAGAGCCACCAGUCGGAGCAGAGUCUGUGCGUCGUCUGCUUCAGUGACUUCGAAGCCAGGCAGCUGCUCCGGGUCCUGCCCUGCAACCACGAGUUCCAUGCCAAGUGUGUCGACAAAUGGUUAAAGGCGAACCGCACGUGCCCGAUCUGCCGGGCGGACGCGUCCGAGGUGCACCGGGAGGCCGAGUGAAGCUCUCAGACACUCUGCCGCACAAUUCGCUAGAGGAAGAGGACCUUGGGCGGGGGGCCCGGCCGUGUGCUUAGCCCCAAGGCUCUCCUCGGCUGUGGUGAGAAUAGAAGGAAUCUAGGAUCCCGGACACCCCACCUCCUCCCCUGCCUGCGCGGCACGGCCAGGGCCCGGGGCGCUCCCCGUGGCGCCGGGGCUGGCCCCGGAAUGGCGCUGGGGGUGUGGGCGGCGGUGCCUCCCCGUGCUCCGCGCACCCCAGAGACGCCGGCCUUGCGCCAUCACUUUCAGCUCUUUGUAUCUGUUGGGUUUGGGUUUUCUGUUGAGUUUUGGUUUGUGGCUCCAUGACCCAGCGCCGGAGCGAGCCUGGCAGGUUUGAUCGCACCAGCAGCGCGAAGCAGGAGGGCCAGGCGAGCUGCCCGGGACGGACUGGGCCCUGGCGGGCAGCAGGAGGAAAUGGUCAGUGGGGCACCGGGCACAGCAACUCAAGGCAUUACCAGGGGCCAGGCCUCUCCCACUUCCCAGUCCAGCCUCCCAUGGAGAGCGGGUCGGGCUGGGCCUGGCACUGUCCUGCUGGAGCCCGGACAGGAGGCUCCCCACUGUCUGUAUUGGCCUCCCCAUGCCGGCUGGCCGGCUGCUCUCCCCAGGCUGAGCUCCAGCAAUACUCCUCCGGUGCCAUCGCUGACAGGUGGUGGGCAACACCUCCCGGUCCCUGCCAGUGUGCCCGGUGGAGCGCCCAGCCCCGAGGCAGGACCCUGCAUGCCACAGGGGCACCUGGCUUUCUAGAAGGCAAAUGAGGUGCGUCGAGCCCCCGGUGGGCUGUCCCAGUUUGCAGGGCAGGUGGCCCCGGAGCAGGCUCCUGCCUCAUUUUUCGAUAUUCUCGUGGUGAAUUGUAACUGUCCUGUGCAGAGGGUGACGCAGGAGCCCCCCAUACUGCCAGCCCCACUCGGCUGCUCUGUGCUGAGCCUUCCGCGAGGAUCCCAGCAGGGCUCUGCGCUGGCCGGUGGAUGUGGGGGCAGGAGGUGGGUAUUGAUUUAAGUAUCUUCCCUUCCCCCAGCUUGUAUCAUGGAAAAGCUGAGCGGGUGCUGCCCCUCCCUUCCUCUGCCUCCAUCCCCGCCCCGGGAGAACGUGCCCUGGUAAUGCCUCUGCAUGAUGUGUUGCUUGUGCCCUGGGUCUGGUCCUGUGAGUGCACACACGGUGCUGCCCAAUCAAAGCAAGGGAGCGGCCAACCCGGGGCCCGAACUGUUUGUCGUGGAAGUUGUGUUGCAUGAUGUAACGAGAAGGAGCCUCUUCCUGGGGUGUGCUCCGGGUGCAGGGGAGACGGACGCCAGCCCCGUGUAGAUGUUCACAAUAUGCAUGCAGCUUGGAACGUGGUAUUGACUCGCUGGCCAGCGGGGGCGAGGGGCUCUGUGCUCAGCUGGUUACUGCCAGGCACCGGACUGCACGUGGCCAGCGCCUCAGGAGGACCGUAAGAUUUUCAGGACAUUUCCCCCCUCCCCCCAAGGUAAACUGAGUCAGGAGGUGCCCAGGGAGGAGGAGCCAGCUUAACCAACAAACACACAUGGACGUUCCCUCUCCACCAGCCAGAGGUGAGAAGUGGGGGGGGGUCAGAGACAGGAGUGCCCCCUUCUCAUUUUGUGCCCCACCCCUCCCCCGGCUCACUUGUACCUGGGGCGAGGGUUGGCCACGAGCAUGGCCCUGGCGCUCUGAGCUUCCCACGGGCAGACUGGGGCUUUGUACCACCCCCCCAGGGAGGAGGGACUGGUCUGCUGCUGGGAAGCCCUGGGCUGGGCCAUGGUGGCUGCAGCUAGGGAAGGAAGGGGGUGGGUCAGGGCCAUGCACUGGCUCAGCAAUACUGUGCCCUGGAGCAGGGGGAAAGGCCAGGGACUGGGCCGGGUCCCUGCAGGCUUUGGCCUUGGGCUGCUCACCAGAGCUCCUGACUUGGGGUGGGGGAUCCAGGAAGCCAGACCACCAGGGGUUGGUGUUGGGGGGCUGGUGCUCAGAAUCCAGCUGGCAGGGUGUGGGUGGGACGGCCCAGUCCCCCCUCCCGGGUUAGCCCAAGGCAGAGCUGGGAGCCUCCUGCACCAUGUGCCUGGGGCACGGGGAGGCCGGACUGUGGCCAAACAGCAGCGUCAGAUUGGCAGAAGCGAAGGCCUUUCCUGCCCUCUCAGCUAAUAGAAUCACGGUAUUCUCCAACCGGGGCCCAGCUGCUCCAUUAUGGACAAUCCAGUUUGUCGCGGAAGCUUUUACACUGUUCUGGGAGAGUUGCCCUUCCGGCUGGCUGAGGCACUGGGCUGGCGUUUGCUCUGGGACCAGUGAGCAGCUCCCCUGGCACCUCCUGCGCUCAGGCAAACCGCAGACACCAGCAGCCCCCGUGGGACCAGGUGCCCCAAGCGUGCAGCGCUGGCGCCCUGGCCAGCCCCUCCUCCCCCAGCUUUCAACGUUUUUAUUUCAUGGACACGACUAACCAAAGGUCUCGAUGUACAUAGCCGCAGGUGACGUUUCUCUGUGUAUAGCCAAUCGGAGCAGUGUUGGCACCCACCUGUUUUAAACCCCCCUUUAAAGAUGCCUGGUGAAAAGCCUUACGGUUCUUUUGAUGGUGACUCGAAAGCUCAGAGCUCGUGUGCUGCAGAAUUUAUUCCAAUGAGCAGCUAACGUCUCACUUAAAAACAGCCCCCCAAUUAUUUAGGAUGUUUGUGAUUGCUGAUUGCGCUGUAGAUACCACUGUUACCAAUGAGUUCCUGUGGUGGGGUAGUGGACUGUUUACUGUUCUAUUAUUCCAGUCCCCAGGCCCUCCAGAGGGAAAGCUCAGCGGCUUCCCUGGAUGGUGCUAGGACGUGUGUCUGUGUUAGAAAGUUUUAUAUAUAUAUAUAAAUAUAUAUAUAAUUUUUUUUGCUCUGUUACUUGCACAUUUUACAGUUACCUCAUUUUCCCAUGUAUGUAUUUGAAAAAAGGCUAAUAUAUAGAGAAAAAGGUUCUUAAAGCUCUAAAAGUGUUUGGUUUUUUCCAUUCCAUUGGACUCAUAUUGGUUUUGUAGCAUUUAACAUACCUAGUUUGUUGUAUUAUAUAUAUGUGUAUUAUACGGAUUGAAAUUUUUAACAGAUUUGUACUUUUUUUAAAAUGAAAGUUGCUAGUUCGGCUUGAUCAAGUAGUGCAAUCAUUAUUUUUUUUAAUGUUGUGGCUGAUUUUGAGAGGGAUAUUCACUAAUAAAUGUAUGAUGUAUACCAA